GUAAAGAAAAAAUUACACGAGAAUAUGAAUAACCCGGGAAAAUCUGUCGACAGGUGAAAACUUUGAAUAUACAUAGGUGUUGGACGGGGUGAGUUGUGGUGCGAGCUGCUCCGUUUCUGUAAAUAUGGCGUGUCACGAUUGAGCUUUCGCCCCGUCUCACGGAUAAUCGGGGUUUUUUUCGGCGGACAACAAACCAAAAAGGAAAUUUGUACAAAAUGGGAAGGAGGAAAGUAUGGAGUAUUGUAAUGAAUUGAAACAUCAAUGGCGAGGUUAUUCUAAGCAUUGUUUACCCCAUGGAACAUGGAAAAGCAUCCACUUAAAGGCAAUGCGUCUAUUCCUCUGAACGUACCCACAAGUUAUCAAGCAGUUGGUGGUGAUAAGGUAUCUAACGGCAAAACCCAUACAACUUCCCUGAGUUCAGAUGAGGAUAUGAUCGAUAUUGCUACAUCUGGAACAAUGACUGAACGCAUUAUACAAGAAGAACUAAGGUCUGCGGCUCACUGUGGUGUCACAUUUGCCGGAAUGCAGGAUUCUGAUGAGAUACCUGGAAUUGGUCAAUAUGAUGAUUUUCACACUAUCGAUUGGCAAAGGGACAUUGCCAAAGAUCGUAUGCGACAUCGGUAUAUCAAGAAAAAGAAGCAAAAAUCAAUUUUAGACCUCGUCCGUGGGGCACACGAUGCCUGGUCGGGAUGGCUCUGUGUCCUCUUAGUAGGCCUCGUGACAGGUUGGGUGGCCGGAGUCAUCGACAUCGGUGCUUCAUGGAUGUCCGACCUUAAGUACGGCCUUUGCCCACAGGCCUUCUGGCUCAAUCAAGAACAGUGCUGUUGGUCGUCCACUGAAACUUCUAUUGAAGAUAAAGGAAAUUGUUCCCAAUGGGUCAUGUGGUCAGAGUUAAUCGCACAAAGGAGGGAAGGUGCAGGCGCUUAUAUCAUCUCCUACAUAUUUUACAUCGCCUGGGCUUUGAUGUUUGCAUCCUUGGCUGCAGGAUUGGUCAGGAUGUUUGCACCUUACGCUUGUGGUUCUGGUAUACCUGAGAUUAAAACUAUACUCAGUGGUUUCAUUAUUAGAAGCUAUCUUGGAAAAUGGACCCUUAUAAUAAAGUCAGUUGGCAUUAUGUUGGCCGUUUCCGCUGGCUUGAGCUUGGGCAAAGAAGGCCCAAUGGUCCACAUCGCAUGUUGUAUCGGAAACAUUUUUUCUUAUCUAUUUCCUAAGUACGGAAGAAACGAGGCGAAGAAAAGAGAGAUUCUUUCUGCUGCCGCCGCAGCGGGAGUGUCAGUCGCCUUUGGCGCACCAAUCGGAGGUGUACUUUUUAGUUUAGAGGAGGUCAGCUACUACUUCCCUCUUAAAACCCUUUGGAGAUCUUUUUUCUGCGCGUUGGUCGCCGCUUUUGUCCUUCGUUCCAUUAAUCCGUUUGGAAAUGAACAUUCUGUCUUGUUUUAUGUUGAAUACAACAAGCCAUGGAUAUUCUUUGAACUUGUUCCGUUUGUGGCACUCGGUAUCAUAGGGGGUGUGAUAGCUACAAUAUUCAUUAAAGCAAACAUAUGGUGGUGCCAUUAUCGUAAGACAUCACGCCUUGGACAAUAUCCUGUGACAGAAGUACUAGUUGUCACAGCUGUAACUGCUGUGAUAGCCUAUCCCAACCCUUUUACGAGAAUGAGUACGAGCCAGUUGAUUUAUCUUUUAUUUAGCCAGUGUGGAGCUUCUCCAGCUGAUGGGCUUUGUGAUUACACUGCUUCUGGGCAUAGUCCGACUGAAGGUGUUUUAGUCGGUGCUCCAGGUCCAGGAGUUUACAAAGCAGUUUGGCUCCUAGUCCUCGCCCUAAUAUUCAAACUUGUGACAACAGUUUUUACUUUUGGCAUGAAGGUUCCAUGUGGACUUUUUAUACCUUCCUUAUGUCUUGGUGGAAUUGUCGGAAGGAUUGUUGGCAUCGGGAUGCAGCAAUUGGCGUCAUCAUAUCCUCAUAUCUGGAUUUUCAGUGAUGAAUGUGCUGCAAGUGAUGAUUGUAUCACACCAGGUCUAUACGCGAUGGUGGGCGCAGCCGCAGUACUUGGCGGUGUAACAAGAAUGACAGUAUCACUUGUUGUAAUUAUGUUCGAGCUGACUGGUGGAGUCAGAUAUAUCGUACCGCUAAUGGCAGCGGCCAUGGCAAGCAAAUGGGUGGGGGACGCCCUAGGACGGCAAGGCAUUUAUGACGCACAUAUCAACUUAAACGGUUACCCCUUUUUGGACAGUAAAGAAGAAUUUGCUCAUACUUCUUUAGCUGAAGAUUUAAUGCAACCUAAGAGAAAUCUCCCUCUAAGCGUUUUAACACAAGAUUCUAUGACUAUCGAAGAUAUUGAAUCAUUGUUAAAAGAAACGGAGCACAAUGGUUUUCCUGUUGUGGUUUCCAGGGAAUCUCAAUAUUUGGUCGGAUUCGUGCUAAGAAGGGAUCUCAAUUUAGCUUUAGAGAGUGCCAGGAGAACUACUGACGGGGUACGAGGAGACUCUGUAGUGCUGUUUACUUCAACGCCGUCUCAGCCUUUGAACCCAGGUGGCCCUCCGACGCUCACUUUUGAAAAAAUUCUCGAUAUGGCACCGAUAACUAUUACAGAUCAAACCCCGAUGGAAACUGUAGUCGAUAUGUUCAGGAAACUCGGUCUACGGCAAACUUUAGUUACUCAUCAUGGACGACUUUUAGGAGUGAUAACCAAAAAGGAUGUUUUGAGAUAUAUAAAACAAAUUUUAGACGACGAAGAUCCCAAUUCAGUGUUAUUUAACUAAUGCCGAGACAAAAUUGUUGUGUUCCUGAAUGAAAUUGUUAUAUAUCAGUAUAUAUAUUUGUAACUUUCAGUCUAGAUUAUACCCUUAAUGGAAUUAUAUUUUAUUACUCAUUCAAUUAAGAAGUCUCUUAGCCAAGCUUUUUUAUUAAGUCAUUAUUCUAUAUCUUAUAUAAUAUGCAUCGUAUUUUAUGUCUAUUUAUUUUAAAAUUGAAUCUUUUAGAAUUAAUUUGAGAAAAGUAUAAAAUUGAAUUAGCUUAUAUGUGUACAUUUAAUAUUGUUAAAUUACGUGGUAUGAUGUGACAGAGAAUAUAUUUUUGUUAUUUUUUAUUUUUGGGGCUCUCGAGAGAAAGAAUAGGGAAUCACAUUAUUUUAUAUACUUUGGUGGUAUUUUUAUUUUUAUACUGUAUUAGGAAUGUUAAUGCGUUAUAAAUUUAAUUAAUACAUAUUUAAUUUUGUGCAGGAAGGCUUUUCAAACGAUUCCAAAGAGCUCUAUUUUUAUGCUUUUUGUUUGUGUCAUCUUAGCGCUAAAACGCAAACGUUUAAAAACAAGCGAAUCGAUUAUUUCAGAAAUGUAAACAAAAAUAGAAAAUUGGUAUGUUAAGAAUAGAAAAGAAUGUGAUCUAAUAUUAAGUUAUUGUUUAUUAGUUAUAAUUUUUUUUUUUAAUUGCGUUGUUUCAUAAUGUACAUAUACGAUGUGUUAUAUUUGAAAAGAUUUUUUAUUUUUUAAUUGUUGUAAAAUUGGUCGCCAAGGUAGAUAAGAAUGAAAAAUGACAGUCUGAUAAUGCA